CAGGGGCGGAACUUCCGUUCGGGAAAACAACAUGGACGUGAAGACGACUCUAUUUCUUUUUUAUAUUCAAUAGUUUGCAAUUGCAAUAGUCAGUCAUAAGUACCCAUGCAUAUUGGAAACGAACUAACACGUAAGGUUGUUCAUCUAACUAGCUUUUUGCCGAUGUAAUUGCUUGUAGCUAGCUACUAGCUAACUCACAUACCGGUAACCGUAACUAGCUAGCCGCUGUCUAUAAUGGAUCGCAAUAACAUUAGAUAGCUAGCUAGUAGCUACUACUUAGCCCUUUCAGUUUGACAAAUGCCAAAGGUUUUAGGCACUUUUCGGGAAUAAAUUCGUUAUCGUGAUGUGAAUAUGCUUUACAAAUAGGCAGCCUCGAUGUUGAAAUGAGAAAAUUAUUUACCGACCAGUUUCCAGGUAGCUAUGCUAGCUACCUACCUGUGUGUCUCAUGUUGAAAUCUCUGAUCUCACACAGUACAUGAUCUGGCAGUGAGCAUACAUGAUGAAUCGUCCCAAGCCUACAGCGAUCAGGCGUCCUAGUGCUGCAAAACCCUCAGGUAUGUACAGUAUCUAGCUAUGUGUACCCACUUCAUCAAACCUUUGUCAAACAUACAAUAAUAUUAUAAGUGUUUCUCUUCCAAAUGUUGCCAAUAGGUCACCCUCCUCCAGGAGAUUUCAUAGCAUUGGGGUCAAAGAGUGGCGGAGAGUCCAAAGCACCUGCAGUUCUCCUUAAGCCAGCGUCCACCUUACCCACUGACCGCAAACGAGAGACUUCCUCGUCACUUCCUUCCUCCUCUGGCCUGUCCGGCCUCGUGAAGCGCCCCAAGCUCUCCUCUACCCCUCCUGUCAGCGCCCUGGGACGACUGGCUGAUGUGGCAGCAGUGGACAAAAGGGCUAUAUCGCCUUCGAUCAAGGAGCCCUCAGUGGUGCCCAUAGAAGGUAGGAAACAGUAUCAAUUCAAAUAUGUUUUCCAGAGGAAUAGGUAGUGGUUAAAUCCCAGGAUUGUGAAUCCUGAUUCUGUGAUGCGCUGUGGCUGUGCAUAUUACUAACACAAUGGUUUUCUUACAGUCCCCCCAGCAGUGCUCCUGGAUGAGAUUGAGAAUGCAGAGCAGGAUGGAAAUGAUGAUCGCAUUGAAGGGGUGCUCUGUGGAGCUGUCAAACAGCUGAAGAUGAACCGGGCCAAACCUGACAUAACACUGUACCUCAGCCUCAUGUUCCUGGCCAAGAUUAAGCCCAAUGUCUUUGCCACUGAAGGCAUUAUUGAGGUGAGAUUUGAAACCCAACAUUUUACAAUCAGUUCCAUACAAUUGUUAUACAGAUUGGUUCAUGACUUUCUCUAUCUGUGUGUGGACAGGCCUUGUGCAGUCUUCUUCGCCGGGAUGCCUCCAUCAACUUCAAAGCCAAGGGCAACAGUCUGGUGUCUGUGCUAGCCUGCAACCUGCUGAUGGCAGCCUAUGAGGAGGAUGAGAACUGGCCAGAGAUCUUUGUCAAAGUGAGAACCACUCAUCAUUCCUGUUGGAUUUCUGUUUGUAUUCUAGCUACAUUGUUACCACUGUUGUGCCCCCUUUAACAUGUUCUUGUUCUUUUCAGGUGUACAUUGAGGACUCUUUGGGGGAGCGAAUUUGGGUGGACAGUUCCCAUUGUAAGAAUUUUGUGGACAACAUCCAGACUGCCUUCAGUACCAAAAUGCCCCCAAAGAGUAUGCUGCUGCAGUUGCAGACUGACACUGGCCGCUCCGGUGGGGAUAUCAGUGCAGGUAUAGUACUGUAUGUAUGCACCUACCGGUUUGUUCAGGUGUGAAUCCUGUGACAUUGGAUUUGACUCUUAAUUAUUACUAUGUAAUUUAACAUAGGGCGGCAGGUAACCUAGUGGUUGAGAGCGUUGGGCCAGUAACCGAAAGGUCACUGGUUCGAAUCCACAAGCAGACUAGGUGAAAAGUCAGUCUGUGCCCUUGAGCAAGGCACUUAACCAUAAUUGCGCCUCUAAGUCGCUCUGGGUAAGAGCGUCUGCUUAAUGACUACAAUGUAAACUUUCCAGGGAGCAGUCCUCACCCCUCCACCCCAGAUGAGGAUGACAGCCAGACUGAAUUGCUGAUUGCUGAGGAGAAACUUAGCCCUGAAGAUGAUGGACAAGUUAUGCCAAGGUACGGUAGUACCUAGUUUAGGCAUAGGCUACUACACAUAGCAGUAAUAUAUUGAUUGUCUGUCUACUUCUACUUAGACUGAUCAGUUCAUUGAACAGUUUGCGUUCAUUCACUCUUCAUCUCAGGUACGAGGAGCUGUCUGAGAGUGUGGAGGACUAUGUUCUAGAUGUCCUGAAGGACCAGUUGAACCGCAGGCAGCCCAUGGACAAUGUAUCCCGUAACCUGCUGCGUCUGCUCACUGCCACCUGUGGCUACAAGGAGGUGCGGCUUAUGGCUGUGCAGAGGCUGGAGAUGUGGCUGCAGAACCCAAAGGUGACAGGAGGAGUAACAAUCAGCUACACACAUCACCUUCACUAGUUAACAGGAAUCAUCAUUUAAUUGGCAAUAGUGGUCUAAAGUGGGCAUAAGAGCCAUCACCUUCCAGCUCAAUAGAGUUGUACAUCACCCUCAAAUCUAACAUGUAAAUGCAGCUGUUUGAAUGAAAUUAUGUAUAAUGAAGACUUUUGACUCUGCAGCUGACCCGUCCAGCUCAGGACCUUCUCAUGUCUCUCUGUAUGAACUGCAACUCCCAUGGAGCGGACGACAUGGAGGUGAUCUCCAACCUCAUCAAGAUCCGCCUGAAACCUAAAGUCAUCCUCAAUCACUACAUGCUCUGUGUCAGGUCUGCAGGUCCUCUCUUAUGGCGAUAUCAUUAUUUAGUUUGGAUAGUCCCCUACACAUGGUUUAUAGAUGUUCAACUAACUUGUUCAACUAAGUACCCAGGUGCCUCAACCAGAACCCUUACCCUAACCUUAGCUUCAUGUCCACAUCCUGGUUCAACCCUAACCUCAACCCUAACCCUGGAAAGUUGUUGCAUAUCAACAUAGUUGAUGUGUUCAAUGUUGUUAGUUUGAACAUCUAUAGGGGACCAUUUAUAUUUCAAAUGCUUUCAUGCAGAACGCUUUAUUCAUACACUUAACUGUGCUGUCUGGCCUUUGAUUACCAGGGAGCUACUGAAUGCACACAGAGACAACCUGGGAACUAUGGUGAAGCUGGUGAUCUUCAACGAGCUGUCCAAUGCCAGGAACCCCAACAACAUGCAAGUCCUUCACACACUGCUCCAGCACAGCCCAGAGCAGGCCCCUAAGGUGAGGGAGUAUUCCAUGCUGACGUGACAACACACCUGCGGAAAAUGUAAAAUGUGUUACUAGUAGUUACUGAGGGGAAAGUAAAUAUAUGUGGUUCACAGGGCUCGACAUUAAGGCUUGUCCACUUGUCCGGGGCAAGUAAAAAAAAAAAUGUCAGACAACCAGAAUAUAGAGUUCAGUUGUCCAAAUGGACAAGUAAAAAAAAUCACAAUAUCAAACGAUUGACAUUCUGAGUAAAUUGCCUAUAUUCCUAUUUGCUAUAGCCUAUUUCAAUAAAUAUGUUAUAUUUACACAAAGCAAGAGAACAAUGUAGACAGAGCUAACACCUCGAUCACACCUGCAGUGUCAUUGCGCAAAAUGGUACGCAGCAUCUGUAUAUGUGUGCAACAAAAGUUCAACAUUCACCUUCUGCUACCAUUUCUGUUAAGCCGUCUACACAUACAGUUUCACGCAUACGUUCGAUAAAUCCAACGUAUGCACCACACAGAACGCACUGCAACUGCCUCUACAACGCAAUGCUGCAGGGCAAACGCAGCGUUCCAUUGGAAAUUAAUGUAUUUCUGGUGUACCAAAAUGCAAUGCCUGUGAUCGAGGCGUAAGAGUAUCACUAAAGCAGCGCAAAAUAUCCGGUCAGAAUGUUGUUUUUUCUCUCUCUCGAAUAUCGGAUGAUCUGGGCCAAUAGCCAAAGUCUAUUUAUUUAGAGGAUACUCCGGUGUCUUAUUGUUAUAGAAGCCCACAUUCUCUAUUUUAUCUUUCAUUUGAUAUUAAUAUGACUUGGCCUAUUAAGCCACUCUCAGUUUAAUGCAUGCUAGAUUUCUCCUGCCGUGCUAUUUCAUGAUCAAACAAUGAAUUAAUCUAAUGGAGUUCUAGGCUAUCUCAAAGUUUGAAGUUUUUUUUGAAUAACCUCAAGGCAUGGGAUGCCUAAGGUAAUAAUGAGAGAUAAACAAUAGCAAGAUAUAAAAAUCGAAUGAGAAAUUUGAACAAACCUUACAGUUGAGCAAAGAAUUAUAAGACAGAAAUGAUGCAUGCAUGCGAGGUCGGGAAAAAAAGACCCACCUUGCUGUUGCGAACCAACUAAUUGAAAUAUCAUAAAGCAUUAAGACCAAUUAAAGUUAUGAAGACUAUUUUCCAAACUAUUCUAAUAAAGUGUUUAAUGUCCUAAAGUUGCAGCUUUUAAAUGGGAAUAAUUGGGGACAAGUGACUUCAGCUUUCGGACAAGUAAAACAUUUUAUGUCAAGCCCGAGUUCAGAAAUGGACCAGGAUGAGCUUUAUUGGCUUUGGAUUGAAGUACACGUUUUUAUUCUUGGAGUGAUCAUAUUUUAACUUUAUUAUUUAGUAACUGAAACACAAGAAGGAGAUGAUGUUUGGAAACCGCUCAUCUUAAAGCUGUUCACUCUCUUCUGAUCCUCUCUUUAGUUCCUGGCCAUGGUGUUCCAAGACCUGCUAACCAAUAAGGAUGAUUACCUGCGUGCCUCACGAGCCUUGCUGAGAGAGAUCAUCAAACAGACCAAGCACGAGAUCAACUUCCAGUCCUUCUGCCUGGGUCUGAUGCAGGAAAGGAAGGAGGCCACCUACGUCGACAUGGAGUUCAAAGUGAGCUCAUAAACGCUAUAUUACUCCCACCCUGUCUCAGUCUCCUGUACCAUGAAAUAACUCUCCCCCUACCUAGUUACAUACCCUUCUAUGCCUCUUCACAUAUGAAUAACUUAUAUGCGUUCUGUGGAUCUGAGCUCAUGCUCUCUGUCUAUUUUCCACAGGAACGCUUUGUGAUCCAGGUGACAGACCUGCUCACGUGCUCCAUGAUGCUGGGCAUCACAGCUCAGGUCAAGGAGGCUGGCGUUGCAUGGGACAAAGGAGAGAAGAAGAGUAAGUUCUUGUAGUUACUUCUUUGCUUGUCGUCAAUGUGGACAUUUUGAACAUCCUUUUUGUCUGUUUCAGAUCUGGAUGGUCUGAGAUCCUUUCAGAAUAAUAUAGCUGCCAUUCAGAGGGAUGCUGUGUGGUGGCUUCACACUGUUGUUCCCACUAUUGCCAAAGUGCCAUCCAAGGACUAUAUACACUGGUAUGUGUUUGGGAGUUUUCAUGCCACUUUGAUUGUUAAAAAAAGAUAAACAUAGGAGGAGCUAAUAAACAUCCUACAAUAGUUACUUAAGAUAAUUAUUCUACCCAAAAUAUACUUGUGUUUCUUUUCCCCAGUCUUCACAAGGUGCUUUUCACGGAGCAACCAGAGACCUACUACAAGUGGGAUAACUGGCCUCCUGAGAGCGACAGAAAGUGAGCAUCUCUUCCGAACCUUUGUUUUAGAUUUGUUUUAUUCAUGUCUGUCUGUCCCUGCUCCGUUGACAUCACUUAAAUAUUUUGCCUCCGCCAGCUUCUUCCUGCGGCUGUGCUCUGAAGUGCCUCUGCUGGAGGACACUCUGAUGCGUAUCCUGGUCAUCGGACUGUCCCGAGACCUGCCCCUGGGCCCGGCCGACGCUAUGGAGCUGGCGGACCACCUGGUGAAGAGGGCAGCCGGAGUCCAGUCCGAUGGUACAACAUCUGCAACAGCAAUGGGUAAGUGGAGUUUACUUCAUCAACAUUUUCAUGAAAAGAGAUGACGUUGAGGGAACUUUGUUUAUUUGGCAUUACCUAAAGAGGGAUAUUGAGCUUGUUUGCCGGUUUUGCUUUUGUAGAUCUGGAUGUGUUGAGAGUGGAGAGGAUCCAACUGAUUGAUGCAGUGCUGAACCUGUGCACCUACCACCACCCAGAGAACAUUCAGCUGCCUGCAGGGUACGUUGCUCUCUUUUUUUAGUAUGAUUAAUGAACUUGCCAGUCAGCUGGCAGUCGAUGUUCAUGUCGUUUUCUUAAAACAAAUUAUAUUUCUGUAAAUAACACGUUGGAUGUUUUUCAAGGUAUACUCCUCCGAACCUGGCGAUAGCCACACUCUACUGGAAGGCGUGGCUCCUGCUACUUGUGGUGGCGGCUUUCAAUCCACAGAAAAUAGGUAUGGGUCUCAACCAGGUUUCCCUACAAAUCAUCAAUGUAUAUAUUAGAAUAUUAGCCACAGGUUUUCCCUUUUGUUAUAAUCAUUUAUUUUUCUUCAGGCUUGGCUGCCUGGGAUGGCUAUCCCACACUGAAAAUGCUCAUGGAGAUGGUCAUGACAAAGUAAGUAACAAAUAUGAAACAUUUAUCAGUUUAAACCCAACACAUACCAGACUAGCUACUCAACGAACCUUAUCUUUCUUCACCCACUUUUCCCUGCUUGGCAGUAACUACUCCUACCCUCCAUGCACGGUGGCUGAUGAGGAGACCAAGACCGAGAUGAUCAACAGGGAGCUGCAGGUGUCCCAGAGAGAGAAGCAAGAGAUCCUGGCCUUCGAGAGCCACCUGGCAGCUGCCUCCACCAAGCAGACCAUUACAGAGAGCAACAGCCUGCUGCUGUCCCAGCUCACCAGUCUGGACCCACAGUAAGACUCCUGCUUCAUACCUGCACCUUGUAGACCACUUUUAGGGACAGUUCCCAGACCCAGAUUAAGUGUAGUCCUAGACCAAAAAAAGCAUGCUCAAAUCUCCAUUGAAUGGGCUUUUUAGUCCAUGACUAGGCUUAAUCUGGGUCUGGGAAACUGACUCAUUUUCAGUCAUGUGGUAAUCCUACUUCUAGGGGUCCCCCUCGCAAACCCCCUCCCGCAGUCCAGGAGCAGGUGAAGAGCCUUAACCAGUCCCUUCGCCUGGGUCACCUACUCUGCCGCUCUCGCAACCCUGACUUCCUGCUCAACAUCAUCCAGAGACAGGUAAACGAGAGCACAUCCUCUCUCACCGCUCUUCCUUCUCCAAUAGAAAGUAUUCUCUCUGGAAGGAACUCUUAACAACUGUGUUCGAUGUUUUCCCCAGGCCUCCUCUCAGUCAAUGCCCUGGCUGGCUGACCUGGUGCAGUCAAGUGAGGGGUCCUUGGACGUGCUGCCCGUGCAGUGCCUGUGUGAAUUCCUGCUUCACGAUGCUGCAGAUGACAACUUGCCCAUCGAGGAUGACGAGGAAGGAGAGAGCAAAGAGCAGAGAGCCAAGAAAAGACAAGUAUGCUGCCGUUUCUUAACAGCUACCAUAUUUCUGUUUGUUUUGAAUAGCUUUUGUGGUCAGAGAAAUCACUGACUCCAGCAUCUCAAAGGAUAAACUUGUCAUGUUUUAUUUCAUUAUUUCAUCCACACAAACCAACAAAUGUCAUUUUUCUGUUCUCUCUCACUACACCAGAGACAACAGAAGCAGAGGCAGCUCCUUGGACGGCUGCAGGAUCUGCUGUUGGGUCCUAAAGCUGACGAACAGACCACAUGUGAGGUGUUGGACUACUUCCUGCGCCGCCUCAGCUCUUCUCAAGUGGCAUCAAGAGUCCUGGCUAUGAAGGUACAUUAUAAGAGACAGGACACACACUAAUAUGAGUGUUUCAUUGAUUUACUGAGGAGAUGUAUUCACCUACUUUGGUUGUUCUGCUGUUGUUCAGGGUCUGUCUCUGGUGCUGACUGAGGGGGGUCUGAAGGAUGGAGAGGAGAGGGACCAGCCCAUGGAGGAGGACUCAAGAGAUGCUGAGCUGCUGCCAGGGUACCAGUGGCUCCUGCAGGACCUCCCCAAGCUGCCCCUGUUCGACAGCGUCCGGGGCAUGACCUCCACCGCUCUGCAGCAAGUCAGUGGGGAUCUGGUCUAGACCAUUCAUACCAAUGUGAACCGUAUUUGGCCUCAUUUUCAAGUUGUAGUUGACACAAAGUGAGUUUUCUUGCUGAAGGGAUGUGGUAAGAAUGUGUGAUGUGUUUCUGUUCUUCCCCAGGCCAUCCACAUGGAGACAGACCCACAGACCAUCAGCGCCUACCUCAUCUACCUGUCCCAGCAUUCACCAGUGGAGGAGCAGGCAUCUCACAACGACCUCGCUCUGGUAGCCAUGACACCUCUUAUCCUCAGUCAUACCUCCUAUUAUUUACCUGGGUUGUGUGUUCAGUAGAGCACCCCGUAGCAAAACAUUUUGCAAGAAGAACUAAAGUCUGUGUUCUUAUUGAACAAGUUCAGGUAGUUUCAAAAUGUUUUCUCCCCCACUGAACAACACCCUGUAUUGCCUUCAUAGUUAGAUACUGAGAUGGGUUUGAUUUGUGAUCCUGUAGGAUGUGGCCCAUCUGAUUGUCGAGCGCUCCACCAUCAUGAACAGCCUGUUCUCCAAGCACUCCUGCCGGCCCGAGUCAGACGCUGUGCUCUCAGCCCUCAUCUCCAUCUUCUCCAGCUACAUCAGGAGGAUGAGGAAGACCAAGGAGGGAGAGGACCUCUACAGCUGGGUGAGGAUUGGAUCAUUACUGGGAGGGGGUGGGGCUAACCUUACAUUUUCUGCAUCUAACUGGAAGAUGGUUUCAUAUUGGUAGACCCUUAUCAAUCAUUUCAACUAGAGGUGCUUGCUGUCAAUACAGUUGUCACUGAAAUUACAUUACUCCUUUGACCCUUUCUAUAGUCAGAAUCUCAGGACCAGGUGUUUCUGCGUUGGACCACAGGGGAGACAGCCACCAUGCAUAUUCUGGUGGUCCAUGCCAUGGUCAUUCUGCUGACACUGGGGCCACCCAAAGGUAUGUAUCUCUGAAUACCACAGUUGUUGUUACAAGCAUGGCCUAUCUACUGUACCUCAUUAUCAGUUUCAGUAUAUAGAAUGAUUAAUGUGUCUUUGUUCUCAGAGGAGAGUGACUUCUUCAACCUCCUGGACAUCUGGUUCCCCGACAAGAAACCCCUCCCCACCGCCUUCUUGGUGGACACAUCCGAGGAGGCCCUGCUGCUUCCUGAUUGGUUGAAGCUGAGGAUGAUCCGGUCAGAGGUCGCACGAUUGGUGGAUGCAGGUACAAGUCCAAACACAUUAAAUACAUGCAGUUAGAAGUAUAUGGUGUAAAAUACUACCGUAAAUAAUGAUGGUAUUUCUGAUACUAUGUCUGUCCUCUGCAGCGCUGCAGGAUCUGGAGCCCCAGCAGCUGCUGCUGUUUGUCCAGUCGUUUGGCAUCCCCGUGUCCAGUAUGAGUAAACUGCUGCAGUACCUGGACCAGGCCGUGUCCCACGACUCACAGACACUGGAACAGAACAUCAUGGACAAGAGUGAGAGCGCUUGACCACUAACUAUCCUACUACACUAUAUCUAUUCCACGUGGAUAAUGUUUGCCUCAGUUAUUUAGCUAGUGCUCAUAUAAUUUAUUCCUGAUGAUUCUGUGUCUAAGUCUGACUAUUUAGUGUUGUCGGUAUAUUCUCUAUUCCUGAUGUUUCUGUAUGUCCUGUGCUACAGACUACAUGGCUCAUCUGGUGGAGGUGCAGCAUGAGCGAGGUGCCACAGGGGGGCACACUUUCCACGGGUUGCUCAGCUCCUCUCUCCCUCCUCGCAGAGGUCAGUCAGUCUCUUACUACUCCGUGAUUACAUAUUAAUAUGCUAUUUAUGUUUUCUAAUGCCUCUCUGUGGUACAUUUCUUAUAAAAGUUUUGGAACAGCCCAGUAAAAACACCGUUUUGGUAUUUUGGGUCCAUACCUGUCAAUAACUGAAGACUAUGAUGUUUAACCUUACAGAUAGUACUGAGGUGAACAGGGCCAAAGUUACUGUGGAAACUCCUAGUUGCUCCUUGAAGAUGAGAGCCAAUCAGAUCCCAGUGAUUGGGCCUGAGGAUGACCUCACCGGCAUGUUGCUUCAGGUAGGAAUGUAUAUCUGCCUGGAGAUUGAUGACACAUUAAUACCUGUCUGAAGUCAAGUUUAUGGAGCCAAUCAUUUUAUUAUCUCUGAUUUCACCAACCAUUUUCUUGUAGUUUGUCUGAUAAAACAGACAUCAAGGCUUUUUAAUCAUACCUGCACAAGUAGCCUACAGUGAAAUGAUUGAUUAUCCUAGCUGACAGAGUUGUUUGUGGUUAUUAAUGUAGUCCGAUCUACCACCUGUUCUCAGAGUGCUGACUGAGGGUCUAAUACUUCUGGCUUUGUCUUCACAGAUGUUCCCUCUGAAGGUGGACCACCGCAGGCCCAGCACCCCUCCCCGGCCCCUCUCCCUGGCCCUGCAGCAGGCUCUGGCCCAAGAGCUGGUGCGUGCCAGACAGGGGGGGCACCCCCAGCAGGGUGGGGUGGCAGUGCGUCUCCUACAGGCCCUGGCUGCCCUGCUCAGCUCUGCCCACGUUGGGGCCCUCGUCAUGGCCAUGAACCGCAGCCACGCCCUGUCCUGCCCCAUACUGCGCCAGCUGCACCUCUACCAGGUAUGAUUGAUGUACUCUGCUGUCCUUCUAAACAGUGCAACAGUGCUGCAUCUCUCGCUCUCUCUUUGUCGCUCUCUCUCGCUGUCGCUCUCUGUCUCGCUCUCUGUCUGUCGCCUAUAUAUAUACAGUUGAAGUCUGAAGUUUACAUACACUUUAGCCAAAUACAUUUAAACUCAGUUUUUCACAAUUCCUGACAAUUAAUCUUAGUAAAUAUUCCCUGUUUUAGGUCAGUUAGGAUCACCACUUUAUUUUAAGAAUGUGAAAUGUCAGAAUAAUAGUAGAGAGAAUGAUUUCUUUCAGCUUUUAUUUCUUUCAUCAUAUUCCCAGUGGGUAAGAAGUUUGCAUACACUCAAUUAGUAUUUGGUAGCAUUGCUUUAAAUAGUUUAACUUGGGUCAAACGUUUCGGGUAGCCUUCCACAAGCUUCCCACAAUAAGUUGGGUGAAUUUUGGCCCAUUCCUCCUGACAAGAGCUGGUGUAACUGAGUCAGGUUUGUAGGCCUGCUUGCUCGCACACGCUUUUCCAGUUCUGCCCACACAUUUUCUAUUGGAUUGAGGUCAGGGCUUUGUGAUGGCCACUCCAAUACCUUGACUUUGUUGUCCUUAAGCCAUUUUGCCACAACUUUGGAAGUAUGCUUGGGGUCAUUGUCCAUUUGGAAGACCCAUUUGCGACCAAGCUUUAACUUCCUGACUGAUGUCUUAAGAUGUUGCUUCAAUAUAUCCACAUAAUUUCCCUUCCUCAUGAUGCCAUCUAUUUUGUGAAGUGCACCAGUCCCUCCUGCAGCAAAGCACCCCCACAGCAUGAUGCUGCCACCCCCAUGCUUCACGGUUGGGAUGGUGUUCUUCGGCUUCGGUUUCCCCCUUUUUCCUCCAAACAUAACGAUGGUCAUUAUGGCCAAACAGUUCUAUUUUUGUUUCAUCAGACCAGAGGACAUUUCUCCAAAAAGUACGAUCUUUGUCCCAAUGUGCAGUUGCAAACCGUAGUCAUGCUUUUUUUUGGCAGUUUUGGAGCAGUGGCUUCUUCCUUGCUGAGCGGCCUUUCAGGUUAUGUCUAUAUAGGACUUGUUUUACUGUGGAUAUAGAUACUUUUGUACCUGUUUCCUCCAGGAUCUUCACAAGGUCCUUUGCUGUUGUUCUGGGAUUGAUUUGCACUUUUCGCACCAAAGUACGUUAAUCUCUAGGAGACAGAACGCGUCUCCUUCCUGAGCGGUAUGACGGCUGCGUGGUCCCAUGGUGUUUAUACUUGCGUACUAUUGUUUGUACAAAUGAACGUGGUACCUUCAGGCGUUUGGAAAUUGCUCCCAAGGAUGAACCAGACUUGUGGAGGUCUACAAUUUUUUUUCUGAGGUCUUGGCUGAUGUCAAGCAAAGCAGCACGGAGUUUGAAGGUACACCUCCAAUUGACUCAAAUUAUGUCAAUUAGCCUAUCAGAAGCUUCUAAAGCCAUGAUGACAUUUUCUGGAAUUGUCCAAGCUGUUUAAAGGCACAGUCAACUUAGUGUAUGCAAACUUCUGACCCACUGGAAUUGUGAUACAAUGAAAUAAUCUGUCUGUAAACAAUUGUUGGAAAAAUGACUUGUGUCAUGCACAAAGUAGAUGUCGUGGUCCUCUGUAGCUCAGCUGGUAGAGCACAGCGCUUGUAACGCCAAGGUAGAGGGUUCGAUCCCCGGGACCACCCAUACGCAAAAAUGUAUGCACGCAUGACUGUAAGUCGCUUUGGAUAAAAGCGUCUGCUAAAUGGCUUAUUAUUAUUAUUAUUAUGUCCUAACCGACUUGCCAAAACUAUAGUUUGUUAAUAAGAAAUGUGUGGAUUGGUUGAAAAAAAAAGUGUAUGUAAACUUCCGACUUCAACUGUGUGUAUAUAUAUAUGCAGUGGUGUAAAGUACUUAAGUAAAAAUACUUUCAAGUACUACUUAAGUAGUUUUUUGGGGUAUCUUUACUUUACUAUUUAUAUUUUUGCCAACUUUUACUUUUACUUCACUACAUUCCUAAAGAAAAUUAUGUACUUUUUACUCCAUACAUUUUCCCUGACACCCAAAAGUAUUCGUUACAUUUUGACAGGAAAAUUGUCAAAUUCACACACUUAUCAAGAGAACAUCCCUGGUCAUCCCUACUGCCUCUGAUCUGGCGGACUCACUACACACAAAUGCUUCGUUUGUAAAUUAUGUUGGAGUUUGCCCCUGGCUAACCGUCAAUAAAAAAAUUAAACUGGUUUGCUUAAUAUAAGGAAUUUGAAAUGGUUUAUACUUUUACUUUUGAUUCUUAAAUAUAUUUUAGAAACUCCAUUUACUUUUGAUACUUAAAUAUAUUUAAAACCAAAUACUUUUAGACAUUUACUCAAUGUUUUACUGGGUGACAUUCACUUUUACAAGAGUCAUUUUCUAUGAAGGUAUCUUUACUUUUGCUGAAGUAUGAACAUUGAGUACUUUUCCACCACUGUAUGUGUGUGUCUGUUUGUUUUUCAUCAGUCAUCACUGAAUAUAUGGAUGUUUGCCAUUACACCAAACAGAUGUGACUGUAUUGAGUUGAUUUAACAUGUAUUUCUCACCUUCUCUUGGUCUUCAUCUCUUCUACUCAGCGUCUGGUGUCGCAGGACGUGGCCUUCUCCUCUCUCUUCUUCAAGGCUGUCAUGGAGAUGAUGACAUGGUUGGAGAACUCGGCCGUGGACGCGGGGCCGCUACGUGCCCUGCUCAAGUCCUUCGCUGGACAGUAUUCCCAGAAGCACCGGCUCACUGAUGGUGGGUGCUCCUUAUGUUCUUGGCUGCAUCCUAAAUGAUACCCUAUUGCCCAUAUACAGUAUGUAUUGCUCUUCUUUUGAUGCCGGUCAGAAGUAUUGCACUAUAUAGGGAAUGGGGUGUCAUUUCACACUUGGGCCUAGUCACAGUUAGAGUAAUCUACGGUAUCUCAACCUUAACGAUGUGAUGAUAACUAAGUGUGCCUUUCCUCUGCAGUUCGUACAGGCUUCCUCCACCUGGCUGAGGCCCUGGUUUAUCGGAGGGACUCUGAGGUGGCCGUGAGAGCCAUAAUCGCCACACUGAAGGCAGGGGAGAGAUGUAACGCAGAGCCAGAACUGAUAGGCAAAGGUAUGGUACUUUAGUGCUUCGUUCACUCUAUUGUGGGAAAAUAUGUCUCUUUUCAGGCUGAAAUGACACUUUCACAACUCUCUCUCAGGCUAGAACAUCAACUAUCCUCACUAUUUUUGCCCCAGUCUGGAUGUGGUGGCUGAUGUUACGCAAUUUCCCCACAUCAGUUUUUUUCAUUGCCUCCUGUGUGUCUCUGUUUUUCCUUUGUUGACCUGUUCCUUAUGAGUUUUUAUAAGCUCUUCUCUGAAACCAAACCAGACCAGCGGCUUCCAGCUUGUUUAUGUCCAAUAUGGGCUCAGGUCUCCAUCAAGCCCAGAUGAAGGAUGUUUUGACAUUAAACUGGUUGCGGCCAAGCUGGUGAUCUAGGUUACGCAAAAAUGCAAUAAUGGUAGUUGGUAGUUCAUAGUUCUGGUGUGUGGUAUUGGCUUGCCCCCACAAUGUUUAUUUUUCUCCUUUGAAUCACAAGAUUUUUCCUGAGCUCAGCGUCAUGGCCAGGUUUUUUUUUUUUUACUUCUGAAUGUUCCACCGUAGCUGCGGGAAUGUUGCAACCAUCACAUCACAUGUAAUCUCAUAACACUCAGUACUGUUUGUUUGUUGUUCCCAGUGUUACAGGGGCUAGUGGAGGGGAAGUCUCCCUAUUUGGAGGAACUGCUGUCCUUGCUAAUGACUAUUGGAACAGAGACGGGGACCGGCUCUACCACCGCAGGCCCUGUUGCCAUGGUGAUGGCACUGCUUCUCCAGGAGACUGAAGAGCAAGCCGUGAAAAUAGAGGUGGAUGUAAACAAGUAAGCAUGUCAAGUCUAUCACGCUCAAAUCAUUUUGUCCCUUUGACUUACUCAAACAACAACAAACAAAUCUGGUUAAGUGUGGCAUUGAUCUCAUAGAAAACAGCAAACAUACAUUUUGUUUGUCUGUUUAUGGCUUUAUGUGUUUUGUAAUGCCCUAGAAAUGUUACUAUUGUAUGUUUAAUAAUCAGUACUUUGUUUGACUGAGGGAUUCUAUAGAUUCAUCAUUCAUGUAGCCCGACCUUGAGCCUGUCAAUCUAUUCACUUCCCUUUCAGCAGCAGCUCCGAGGUGACAAAGACCGGGUCCAGCUCAGGGCUGCUUGUUGAUUGGCUGGGACUUCUUGACCCUGAGGUCACAUCUGUGUGUCCAGACCUUCAGCGGAAGCUGCUUUUUGCUCUCAACAAGGUAAUCUCAGCAAAUAUCAGUGUGUGUGUGUGUGUGUGUGUGUGUGUGUGUGUGUGUGUGUGUGUGUGUGUGUGUGUGUGUGUGUGUGUGUGUGUGUGUGUGUGUGUGUGUGUGUGUACUUCACCACCUUUCAUGUGGUUUAUUCCAGGGUAAAGGAACUCCCUCCUACAGACCAUACCUUCUGGCGUUGCUGACCCAUCAGUCCAACUGGAAAACUCUUCAUCAGUGCAUCAGUGCUCUUCUCAGCAAGCAGCAAGACCAGCGGUCAGUCAGCAUAUCAAACUCAAAUCAUUACCUUCAGCAGUAGUAUUCACACUGAGAUGAUAGUGUUGCCCAAAUAGUGAAAGUUGUAUUGUAAUGUUCUGUAAUGGUGUUGCAUAUGCUGUUCUCCAGACUGGACCCAUCUUCUGCUCUGGACUUCCUGUGGGCCUGCAGUCACAUCCCUCGUAUCUGGCAAGGCCGGGACCAGAAGACUCCACAGGUAGUAUAGUACACCAGUCUAGCCCUCAAAUAAUGACCUCAAUUAAUCCAGUCACAUGACACAAACCAGAGAACAUUGUUGCUCCUCAGCCUGACUGCUUCCAAUACUUCUCUUGUUCACCCUCUCUCCCUCUCUCUUUCUCUCGCUCUUUCUCCAGAAACAGACAGAUUUGUUUGUCCUGCGGUUGAACCCGGAGGAGCUUAUCAGUCUGGUGGACCUCAUCAUGUCAGAGUCUGAGCUGAACAGCCGCGGUGACUCCUCACCCACUGCCAACGCCCCCGGCAACGCCAAGAGCACCCUGGACCACACCUCCUGCUCCCUCAUCCAGUCACGGCUGCCCCUGCUCCAAAGCUGUUGCCAUGGUGACCUGGAGAGAGUGAAGAAAGUAUCGGAAUACCUCAUCAACUGCACAAAGAAAUGGGGAGACAGGUAUGGGUGGGGUGUUGGCUCUCGGACUGACAUGCUUAGUCAGGCUUGUCCAAUGUGAAUUUUAUAGUAUUUACAGGGUGAUCUGUUGCCAUGUGAUCUACUCUAGACAGAGAUGACCUCUCUCUCUCUCAAUACCCCAUAUGUUCCUUCAGCAACAGCAGACAUGACACUCCAUAACAUUUUGGUCCCAUAAGGUUCACUAAAGUGCCCACAGUUCAUUUAGUUAGACAUAUUUUUCACCCUCCCUAAUUAGCCCCAGUAUUGAACUUGGUCUUUGGCCUCUUUAAACCGAGCUGAUAAACUUGGAGCCAUAUCACUAGAUAACCCCUGGACGGAACAGAUGAAAUUCACAGACUGAAUGUUCUGUCAGACACAAUGCUGUGUGGACCAGGGGAAAGGCGAUAAUUAGGUCUAUUGGUGUGAAAUUAAAAUGACCAGAAGUCGUGUGUUCUGUGAUCUCUUUAAAAGCUCAGUGUAUUAUAAUAAAGCCAAGAGGAUUAGGGCUGCAGCUCUAAACUUGCUGCCUGUGUUGUGGAUUCCUGCUCAGACUUAGCCGUCUGUCAGAGAUCAGGGUGCAACUCCUCUUUGUGGAAGCCAAACCUUCUUUCAUGAGUCUGCCUCUGGUUAUUAAACCAAUUUUAAUGGGGAAACUCUGGCCAAGGUCAAGCAGCAAAAUUAUCUUUCCAAUUACAAUAUUUUUAAGCACAGCUAAGCUGUCUUGUACAAAUAGUUGUGACUGAAAACAUAGAUUGCUUAAAACCCGUCUUACAAAGCAGACUGUUUGGCCUUGUGUGGGAUAAACAUUUCCCUGUGUGCUAGGCAUUCUCCUCACAGUCUCCUCUUUUAAAGCUCAUCGCUAGAUUAGCUGGUGUUUACUCCAAUUACAUGAUGGUUGUUGAAGAGACAGAGUGGAAUCUGACUCUUGGUCAAGGUUGUUGCUGUUUAUGGAAAACACUGGCAGUGAUGACCAGUGAACAUAAAUCCUGUUGAUUCGUAGACGGUCUGACAUGUAUGAGCCAACUAACUAGGCCCACAUCAGACGAGGAUUGUAGUAGGAGACCAUUGUCACUGUCUGCUGUGUAGAAACUGUUGUCUGAUGUUCGCUAACUAACUCCAUUGUGUGUUCCUUAGUGUGAUGAGUAAGCGGUGCCAGAACCUCCUGCUCCAGCUCUACCUGCACUUCCCAGAGGUCAUCCAGCACGUGACCUUACCUGACGCCACUCUGAGCGGCGAGGGGGCCGCCGACGGCACCACAUGCAAGGUAGACUAGACCUUCAGCGGGCAGUCUCCUUACUGUUUCUCAAAGUCAUUGACUAACACAGAAGCCGUUAUAGAAGUCUUAAUGACUGAUGUGUGAUCCUUCCCUCUCAGCGCGACGUCCUGGUUCACCGUCUGGUCACGUUGCUAGGCGAUACAGGAGACACCAAGUCGGCUGAGAACCGGAUGUCAGACGCUAACCUGGCCUGCAGGAAGCUGGCUGUGUCCCACCCUGUCCUCCUCCUCAGGUGAACACCAUCUUCAUUACAAACUUCAUGUUGGACAUAUGAAUUCAUGCACCUCUUAUGGUAGAUUGUAGCUUCAUGGCUACAUUAGCUGAUGGUGAUGUUUUUGGUUCUCACCUUUGCUGUAGUGAGGUGGAACAUCUGGAGAAUGAUCACAGCUUACCUUUCUUGGGUUUCCAGACACUUGCCGAUGAUCGGAGCACUUCUCCACGGACGCAUCCACCUCAACUUCCAGGAGUUCCGGAGCCAGAACCACCUGACGUUCUUCAGCAACGUGCUGGCCAUCCUGGAGCUGCUGCAGCCGUUAGUGUUCCACAGUGAACACCAGAGGGCGCUGCAGGACUGCCUGCUCUCUUUCAUGAAGAUCCUGCAGGUGAGGGGAUGAACACAGAACGCACUCAAAGAUCAACCUCAGAGGCUUUUACAGGUGGUUUGGUGAUAUUUGCUUGUGUUUUUCUUUUUAGUGUUUCAGAGGUAUUUGACUUCUCAUAGGUGGGGAACGAAUACAUUGUUGUCACUGUUACAGCUGUGGUUGGCUGGAUAUAUUGACUAGAUCUAAUGUGUUUUCCAUAGAACAGUAGUAUUUCCACAAGGUCAACUGCUUUGUGCAUUCAAAUAAAGCUCAUAUUGAUCAUGGAGUUAAUCAUGUUUGUUGUCCAUAUUCCUUGCAGAACCUCAGGAGACCUCGUAUGCAUCCGUUGGCCGUCUUCAGUAAAUUUGUGCAGUUCAUUCAGAAGUACAUUACCCACGAUGCAGCAGCAGCCAUUCCCUAUCUACAGAAGCAUUCCGAUAUCCUGCAGUAAGUUAUUGAGCUUGGUUUUUCACAAUUAUUAUUGGGACUUUAGGAUUGGCAACACAAUUGCUUAAAUGUUAGUUGUUAUUUCAUGUUGUGUGGAGCAGCGAAGGAGUGACUUUUGUUUCUCUGUUUGUCCCACUAGGGGGCUCUCGUCAGAGCACCCUGACCUGCUGCUCAAGUCCCUGCUAGCUGGCCUCACCCUGCCUGUGAAGACUGGCUCCUCUGACAGCUCUGCUGAGGACAGAGAUGGUAAGCUUAUCCGCUUGUGGAAAACUUUGCCUUGAAUGAAAAAACAUAAGAGAAUCAGAACACAUCAACAAUUUGGCAAAUGAAAGAAAAUAUAAUAAUGAAUUACAUAUUUUGACUGUAUACAGAUACAUACCCAUUUUAGCGAGAAGGUUGAUUUGUAUCAACGGCUGUGGUGUUUUUGACACGUCUCUGUGUUUCCUCCUAUCAGAUGAGUCGUCCUCUGGUUCCCUGCCCAUGGUCAGUAUCUCAGCCUCCGUUCCACUGACUGCAGCUGACAUGACCAAGUACCUGAAGAAGAUCUCCAGGGGAGAAGCCAUAGAAGGUCAUUCAUGUAUACAUACUCUCAUGUCAGUUUAACACGUGACUUCAGGGAUUUUGAUGAACUUUACCAACAUUUUACUACCCGCUGUGUUUCAGAUGUUCUGGAAGUUCUGACCGAGGUGGAGGACAAGUCCAAGAGGAAUCCUGAGAUCAUUCAGCACUUCACUGUAAGUUCACCUUCUAAUAACAGACCUUUAUUAUGAACAAAUAAUUCCCCCAACACAGACUCUGCUUUGCACCACUAUGUACAGUAUAAAUAAACAGGUUUUCAUUGCCUUCCCUGCCCUCAGAAUGACCUGCAGAGACUGAUGAGUUCUACUGAGGAGUUGUGUCGUAACAUGGCCUUCAGCCUGGCCCUGCGCUGCAUCCAGAACAACCCAUGGUAAGACUAGCCUGCUGACACCUCUAGGAUUUCUCUGCUGAUUUAUGUAGGAAUCUAGAGAGAGAGCUCCAGUUGUCUGGCUGGAUAUGAAUUUAUUGAUGAGGUCUAGGAAUGUUUGGCUGCAAAUGUUUCUGUAGUGGUACCUGUAAGGUGUUGCCUCAUCUUAAAAUAAUGUUUCUUUAAAGUUACGUGUCCUAAGUAAGAUGGGUUUUUUUUCCGGUGCUGCAGCAUGGCAGCAGACUUCCUGCCCACCUUCAUGUACUGUAUGGGCAGUGGGAACUUUGACGUGGUGCAGACAGCGCUUAGGAACCUGCCAGAAUACGUGCUGCUCUGUCAAGGUAUGAUUGUCCUAUCUUCUCAGCACUACACAGCUUCUGUGCUUGGUCCUUAUUAUGGGUCUAAACUCACAAGUUGGAAAGUGAACUGUUCUGUGUUUCAAGCUGUAUAAGGAUUCAUUGUGCUUUUCUCCUCAGAGCAUGCAGACAUCUUACUCCACAAGGCCUUCUUGGUGGGGAUCUAUGGGCAGAUUGACACCAGCUCUAUGAUCUCUGAGUCCAUGAAGGUCCUGCACAUGGAGGCAACAACGUGAUGACCCGGAGGUACAAGUCCUUCUCCUCUGACGGGAGGCAGUGUCACCAUAAUGUUUUUGUAUUGUGGAGUAAGACUCAAGUCAUACACAACUGCCCUGUGCUUUUUUAUCAGUUUGGUCAAUUUAUCAGGAUUUAUGGAUUUAGACAAACUGAUUAUUUGAUUCAAAGGUAAUAUCGAAGUGUUCAGUAGAUGGUGAUAGUGAUUCUUGUAAAAAAAAAGAAAAAAACAUUUUUUUCACUCAUACUGGUUUUGCAAUGGUAGUGCUUAUUUUGAGUGCUUCUAUUCUUUUUGAAAUAAUGAAUACUGGCUAUCAACCACUGUCAUAAAUUGAAUA